GCACCGCUGGGUUCGGCUAAGUUCGGCUGUGCAUCGCUGGGCUUGGCUGACUGCUACUAGGCUCCGCUAAAUUUAGCUGGAGCCUCUGGGCUCGAUUGGGUUCGGCUGUGCGCAGGGGAACUCGCUGCAUUCAGCUAGGUUCGGCUGUGCGCCUCUGGGCUCCGUUGUGUUCGGCUGUGCGUUGCUGGGCUCAGCUGUGUUUGGCUAGGUUCGGCUGUGCACCUCUGGGCUCGAUUGUGUUUGGCUGUGCACCGCUAGGUUCCGCUAAGCUCCGCUAAGUUCAGCUAGGCUGUGCGCCUCUGGGCUUGGCUCAAUGCCACUGGGCUCGGCUAAGUUUGGCUGGAGCCGCUGGGUUCGGCCGUGCGCAGCGGGGCUCGGCUGAGUUCGUCUGGAGCCUCUGGGCUCGAUUAGGUUCGGCUGUGCGUCACUGGGCUCAAUUGGGUUCGGCUGUGUGCCGCGGGGCCCCGCUAAGUUUGGUUGGAACUUGGGGCACCGCUGGGCGUUUCGGAGAGUCUAGCCUGCGCUCUUAGUGGGGUAAAAGGCGGAACGCCGCCUAUCGAUACCGGGCCCCCCUAAAGUGAGCAAAGAGGAGCUCGGUCUCGAGUUCAGAGGCUACCGGACCACAAAAGCCAGCCGUGCACUGCAGCAGCCAGCCUCAGGCGCCUGUGGUGACGUCGUCUCCACGCGACAGCGCGUUGACCAGCCACGGUCUCCACGUCUCAGGUUUCGCAAAGACGCAUGGGAGGGGAACAGACGGAGGUUUCUCAAGAUGGCGGAAGCGGAGGACUCUCCGGGAGAACAGGAGGCAGCGUCAUCUAAGCCCCUGUUCGAAGGGUUGUCCGAUGUGUCAAUUUCACAGGACAUCCCCAUAGAAGGAGAGAUUACUAUUCCUGCAAGAGCUCGUGCUCAAGAAUGUGACAGCUCCACACUAAAUGAAUCCGUUCGUCAGACCAUUAUGCGAGAUCUAAAAGCUGUGGGAAGGAAAUUUAUGCACGUUUUGUAUCCAAGGAAAAGUAAUGCUCUGUUAAGAGACUGGGAUUUGUGGGGCCCAUUGAUACUUUGUGUGACACUUGCAUUGAUGUUACAGAAAAGUUCCAUAGAUGUGGAGAAUGACGGAGGCAGCCCAGAGUUCGCAGAAGUAUUCGUUAUCAUCUGGUUCGGAGCAGUUACCAUCACGCUAAAUUCCAAACUUCUUGGUGGAAACAUUUCUUUUUUUCAGAGUCUCUGUGUAUUAGGAUACUGCAUACUUCCUUUGAACAUUGCAAUGCUGAUCUGCCGCCUGCUGCUUUUGGCAGGGCAGGGACCAAUAAACUUCAUGGUUCGGCUUUUUGUGGUGUUGGUGAUGUUCGCUUGGUCUGUGAUAGCAUCAACAGCAUUCCUUGCUGACAGCCAGCCUCCAAACCGAAAAGCCCUGGCAGUGUAUCCUGUCUUUUUAUUCUACUUUGUUAUCAGUUGGAUGAUACUCACAUUCACUCCAUAAGUCUGGAUACACACAUUCAAUACCAAUGAACUGAAGGCUCACCUGAAAGAUAAUGGUUAUCAACAACAGCUUCCCCCACUCUUGUUCAGUUGUUGGGUAUUAAAAGGGAGCCACAUACCACCGUUGUCAUUUAUAUAAGAAACUGAUAUUUUCAAGGCUGUCAUUUCCUCCGUUAUUAUUUUCAAAUACUUGUGUAUACCAUACAUAGUAACAUGCCUCCUUAAGGCAUGAUGAAGCUAUUUGUGUGACAACCAGUGACUCGAGCAAGUGGAUCCACUCUACAAAUUACAAAGAGUUGGUGACCAUCUUCAGCUUAGAGAAUAUUUGUUCAGGUGCAGCUCUUAAACACAUUGCCUUAUGACUAUUAGAAUAUGCCUCUUUUCAUAAACAACAGUCUGUAUCCAUUUCUUUUCUCCCCCAAACUCGAGAGGGCAACAACAAGAGGUUAGGCUUAUAGAUGUGGGAAGAGAAAACGUGUUAACUAAUUUUCAGAUUUUCAUCAGAGGUACAGCUAUACUUGGUUUGUCAUUUGUUUUUAAGCAAAUAACAUCUAAAGAAUCAGCUUUUAAAAUAUUUUUGUAUACCUACCGUUCUGUCAUGUGUAACAGUACCUCAGCUAACAUUCUAGUUUUAAUCUUUCAUACAAUGAUAGCAGUCAAACAUGUAACU